CAGGUUGCACAUUUCUGGAGCCGGACUCCUGGAGGCGCGCAGCACCCGGCUCCUCUUUGUCACUCCUGGAUUCAAGCUCUCUGCGCCAUAAAGAAAACAGAAAAAAGGAACGUAAAGGGUAUUUUUAGACUCCGGCAGGGUGCUUUGUUUUAAUUUAAGUGCUGAUCUUGGCUGUGACUGAGAAAUGAAUCCCAAAGCCGUCUUUUUCUGGACGUUCCUUCAGUAUUUCUUCUCGUUCGCUAUUGCGGAAAACCGUGUUCCGAAAGGUGAAGAUGAUGGGUUUGAGUUAUCAACUGAGGACAAUAAUCUGCAAGGCUUGAUUAAGUACAACAUGAGGAAGAGUUUGGAUCUGGAGCAGGAGGGUUGCUACCUGCAGACUGGGAGGAAGGUGUGCCUAGAGGAGUGUGGCUUCAAUGCUACAGCCAAGACUUUCUUCAUCAUCCACGGCUGGACGAUGAGUGGUAUGUUUGAAAACUGGAUGCACAAGCUGGUCUCUGCAGUGAUGCAGCGGGAACUCAACGCCAAUGUGGUGAUUGUGGACUGGAUCCCCUUGGCUCAGCAGCUUUACCCCGAUGCAGUCAACCACACGCAUACUGUUGGCCUCGACAUUGCUGGCAUGCUCAACUGGCUGCAGGAUGAGCUUCAGCUGUCUCUGAAGAAUGUGCACCUGAUUGGAUACAGUUUAGGUGCUCAUGUUGCUGGCUAUGCAGGGACGUUUGUCGAUGGGACUGUUGGCAGAAUCACUGGUCUGGACCCAGCAGGACCCAUGUUUGAAGGUGUGGAGGAGCAGAAACGCCUGUCUCCAGAUGAUGCAGACUUUGUAGAUGUGCUGCACACCUACACACGUGAGGCUUUGGGUGUGAGCAUUGGGAUCCAGCAGCCAAUUGGGGACAUUGAUAUUUAUCCUAAUGGUGGUGAAGUGCAGCCUGGCUGUGGAUUUACUGAUGUGCUGGCAGUGGCAGGAAACUUCAUGGAAGUAAUGAAGUGCGAACAUGAGCGAGCGGUGCACUUGUUUGUGGACUCCCUGAUGAAUAGAGACCACAUGAGUUUCGCUUUCCAGUGUACCGGCCCAGAUCGCUUCAAGAAGGGAGUCUGCCUCAGCUGCCGCAAGAACCGCUGCAACAACAUCGGCUACAACGCCAAAAAGAUGCGCAAAAGGCGCAACAGCAAAAUGUACCUGAAGACACGGGCCAACACUCCCUUUGGAGGCUACCACUACCAGAUGAAGAUGCACGUGUUCGACAGGAAGCAGUCCAGCAAUACUGAUCCCACCUUCUAUGUGAAUUUGUAUGGUGCCCAUGAGGACACAGGAAAAAUCUUUGUUGUCCAUGAUGAGCCCAUCGGCAUGAACUUUACCAACACCUUCCUGGUGUUCACCGAGGAGGAUAUUGGUGACCUGCUGAAGAUUCGUCUGACCUGGGAGGGUGAAAACGAGUCUUUGAGCUCCGUCUGGAAGAGCAUCAAACACUCUUUCUGGAGCUGGAACGCCAAGGCUGUCAAACCUGCACUGGAAGUUCGACGUAUUCGUGUGAAAGCUGGAGAAACGCAGAAAAAGUUUACUUUCUGUGCGCAAGACCCUUCAAAAACUGAAAUCUCUCCAGGGGAAUCGAUAACUUUUGUAAAAUGUCGAGACGGCUGGGAAGUAAAACCAAGAAAACGGCUGCCUAUGUAAAAUCCUGGCCUAAUCAUGACCAGCGCACCGUCGCCAUGGGUGGACCCGGCAUGGAUCAGGGAGGAGCACCGCCUUUUCACUUGAGCACUUUCGUUGGAGGAUUAAUCGGCGCACCAAGUGUGGGGGGGGGAGGGUCUUCUGGACUAGAAUGUUCAGCGCAUUUCUGGGGUUCUGUCUAAAGAACACAAGAAUGCUGGUGUGAUGGUGCGGGCUUGUGGUGGCAGCAGUCCUUGUGUUGAGACUGCCUGACAGAUUUCAGAACUGUGUGACGUAGAAUGCAGGUCUGUUCCAUUGAACAUGUCUGCAACUGUUCUAUAGUACUGUACAUUUUUAAAUGUUUUAUUUAUGGAAGAAAAAAAAAAAGCACUG